UCUCUCUCUCUCUUGUCUUUUAUUAGGAAUCCCCACAGGACAGUGCCAUCACUCGUGACAUUAACCGUACGUUUCCUGCACACGACUACUUCAAAGAUACGGGUGGUGACGGACAGGACUCUCUCUAUAAGAUCUGUAAGGCAUAUUCUGUGUAUGAUGAAGAAAUCGGUUACUGUCAAGGCCAGUCUUUCCUUGCUGCUGUGCUGCUGCUACACAUGCCGGAGGAGCAGGCGUUCAGCGUGCUGGUCAAGAUCAUGUUUGAAUACGGUCUCAGGGAGCUCUUCAAGCAGAACUUCGAAGACCUGCACUGCAAGUUCUUCCAGCUGGAGAGACUCAUGCAGGAAUACAUUCCAGACCUGUACGCACACUUCCUGAACCUGGGUCUGGAAGCACACAUGUACGCCUCCCAGUGGUUCCUCACGCUCUUCACAGCCAAGUUCCCUCUUUACAUGGUCUUUCACAUCAUAGACCUUCUGCUGUGUGAGGGCAUCAGUGUCAUUUUCAAUGUGGCCCUUGCAUUAUUGAAGACAUCUAGAGAUGACCUGCUGCAGAUGGACUUUGAGGGCGCGCUGAAGUUCUUUCGAGUGCCGGUGCCCAAACGCUAUCGCUCUGAGGAGAACGCCAAGAAGCUCAUGGAGCUAGCAUGCAGCAUGAAGAUCAGUCAGAAGAAGCUGAAGAAGUACGAGAAGGAGUAUCACACCAUUCGAGAGCAGCAGGAACAGCAGGAGGCGCCCAUCGAGAGAUAUGAGAGAGAAAACCGGCGGCUACAGGAAGCUAACAUGCGUCUGGAGCAAGAGAAUGACGAUUUGGCUCACGAGCUGGUCAGCAGUAAGAUCGCCCUGAGGAAAGACCUGGACAACGCUGAGGAGAAAUCUGACGCACUCAACAAAGAGCUUCUCAUCACUAAACAGAAACUGGUGGAAUCUGAAGAUGAGAAGAGACGACUGGAGGAAGAGUCAGCACAGCUGAAGGAGAUGUGUCGGAGAGAACUGGAUAAAUCUGAGUCCGAGAUCAAGAAAAACGGCUCCAUCAUUGGAGAAUACAAACAGAUCUGCUCUCAGCUCAGCGAGCGGCUGGAGAAACAGCAGACGGCCAACAGAGGAGAGCUGGAGAAGAUCCGGAUGAAGGUGGAGGGCUGUGAGAAGUGCAGCAUUCUCUUCAGUAAGGAGGGCCGUCUGAAGGUGCUCAGGACUCCCAAGGAGGGCAGUGAGGAGGACACGGAUGAGGAGAAGGAGGCUCUGAAGAACCAGCUGAGAGAGAUGGAGCUGGAGCUGGCGCAGACCAAGCUACAGCUGGUGGAGGCUGAGUGCAAGAUCCAGGAUCUGGAGCAUCAUCUGGGUCUGGCUCUGAACGAGGUCCAAGCCGCCAAAAAGACGUGGUUCAACAGGACAUUAACCUCCAUCAAGACUGUGACAGGAGCUCAGGGCAAAGAGAGCGUCUAACAAGACACACAUCCAGAGACUAAACACUCCAGCCCCAUCAUCAUCUUCCCCCAUCCGGCUCGACCCCACAGCUUCUAGGGUACCAGCUACCCCAUUUGAAACACAAGUACUUACUGAAAGAAAAAGGCUUUAACGCUAGUCUUUCUACUACUGAUGAUGUUAAACGUCUGGGGUGUGUCGCUGAACAACAACGCUCCUCUGGGGGAUAUUAACAUUUCUAUCUGCUGUCCUACUCAAGACUACUUGCACAAAGUCAACAGACGGUACGAGUGCUGCCGGAAAACUAGCUUGGGUCCUAGCGUGACUUUCGUUAUUGUAAGAAGAGGGCAAAUGUGUUGAUUGUGUGCAUGUGCGCGAGGUCUGCUUUUAUUGUACAGUGCAUAUGUGAAUAUGUUGGCCAACAUUGUGGUUCUCAGAGGAAAAGUAAAACAGGAAGAUGGUAGCACACUGUACAUAGACUGUACAGUGAACUUUUAAUUAAAUUCCUCCUCCAACCACUAGCUGGCGCCCUUCUGAUAUUAACAAAAGCAGUAAAUGGUGAUUGGGGUGUAGGCAUUAUGUCUAUGCGAUGCCAUACACAACCAGAUCAGUGAAGUCUGCUUGUGUAUGUGAAAGGUUUUACAGUAGCUGUUCAUCAUGACUAACAGGAAACACUUAGGCACAUCUGGAGGUAAAGAAACUGCAGCAGUCGCUUUGGGGAAGGUGUUUACACCUUACAGACAUAUUUAUAUUAAUAUCAGGCUUGCUAGAGUUAUUGUUGUUAUUAAAGAAGACAAAUGAGGCCGUUCUAAAAGGCACAGGGUUGUAAAUAGCAUUUCUUUUUUGGAUUAAUUUUAUAUUUCAACUUUGGUAACUGUACUAAUGUUGCCUAAUUGUACUGUGCUACAGAUUAUUACUCAUGAUUUGCUUUGUCUGAAUUUCCAACUGCUGUCUGAUCAUUACAUGCCAACUGUACCUUUUACCCAGCAUUACAUGCGUGUGGACAUGGUAAUAGUGUAGGAUGCAUUGUGUAAACCUCCAUGAAUUUCAAUAUAAACCUAUGAAUACUUC